CUACAGACAUAAAAAUAAGAAACCCUGAAACAGAGAUAAAACAAAGCACAAGUUUUGAGUGUGUUUUUUCAGUGUCUCUCUUUCUCUCUCUUUCUCUCUCUCUCUCCUUACACAACAACAACCGCCUUUAUUACACAAAACACCCCUCUUCUUAUAAUCUCUCUACCAUUUCUUCUCUUCACAAAGGAGAAAGAAGAACAAAGAGUUGAGACAGAAACUCUCUCUCUCUCUCUGUCCAGACUUUUGUCUGUGAAAACCCACAAAUCUCAGAGAAAUUAUGAAUAAACAAGAUGUUAUGAAGCUUCAGACUUGUGUUCUGAAAGUGAACGUUCACUGUGAAGGCUGUAAGCACAAAGUGAAGAAACAGCUGCAGAAAAUCGAAGGCGUGUACUCUGUAAAAGCAGAUGUAGAACAGGGGAAAGUCACUGUCACAGGAAACGUUGACCCCGCGAUUCUGGUGAAGAAACUCAGCAAAUCUGGUAAACACGCCGAGAUCAUUGGCGGCGGCGGCGGAGGAAAAGGGUUUCCUAAUCUGAAUGGGCAAUUUGGUAAUCUCAAUAUGAAUGGAAACAGUAAGCCUAAAGGUGGAAAAGAGAGCAAUCAAGUGAAGGGGAAAGCUAACGGAGGAGGAGGAGGUGGUGGUCAGAUUCCUGGACAUGGUCAACCGAUGCAAUUGACUCCUCAGCAGAUUCAACAGAUGAUGAUGAUGAAAGCUGCUGCUCAUGGCGGCGGCGGCGGUGGUGGUGGUGGUGGUGGAGGAGGAGCGGGGAAGAAAGGCGGCGGAGGGUUUGAGAUUCCGGUGCAAAUGAAGGGAAUGGGUGAGGGUAAAAUGGGAAAAGAUGGUAAAAAAGGAGGUAAAGGCGGAGGAGGAGAGAAGGGUAAGAAAGAAGGGAAGGGGAAUAAAGGAGGUGGGGGCAAAACCGGAAAAACAGAUGCCAAAAGUGGUGGUGGCCUUCUAGGGUUUUUCAAAAAGGGUAAAAGUGGAAAAGGAGACGAGAAGAAGGGAGCUGGCAAGAAAGAAGGCGGUGGGGGUGAUAAGGUAAAAUCCUCCGGUGGUGGAGGAGGUGGAGGAGUUCAUCAUUAUGAUAAUGGGCCUAAAAAGGGUGGAGGUGGGGCUAAAGGGGGAGGCCAUGGGGCCCAUGAUAUUGAUGAGCUCAUGAAACACACCAAAGGAGGAGGAGGAGGUAACAAGGGCAAUCCUAAUCAUGGCGCCAAGGCAAUUGGUGGCCCAAUGGGUCAAGGCGGUCCCAUGGGUAUGAUGGGUCAAGGUGGUCCAAUGGGUAUGAUGGGCCAAGGCGGUCCGAUGGGUCCAAUGGGACAACAAGGUGGUUCUUACCAGGCGGUUCAAGUGAACUAUGCUCACCCACCGCCAAUGCCGCCUCCUCACUCGGAUUCUUAUACUCAUAUGUUCAGCGAUGAGAAUCCAGAUAAAUUCUUUGAGAAUUAG